AUGGAGUCCUCCGGCCAACUGCCUGCGGAUGACCAGUCAUCGGAGUCGGCACGUGGCGAGGACUAUGGCACUCUGAAAUACCAGCUGCUUGGCCCCUCCUUAACCAAGGCGGGCCAGGACGCGGUCGAUCAGCAAAAGGUAUCGGAGAUUAUCUACAACGCUUCUAAGGGGUCUAAAUUCUUCAACCACGAGCAAGAGCGCGAUCGGAACCUGACUGUCAAGAUUGAGCGGAUUCUCAAAGAAAAAGCUCGACUAGAGCGACUGGACCUUAGUCCUGAUGUUCGACGAACAGACGAGUAUCUAGCGGAGCUUGAGUUAAGCCGCGACCUGUCACAGCAUGUCAUCCAUGUUGACUGCGACGCAUUCUUUGCGGCGGUCGAGGAGUUGGACCGGCCAGAGCUCAAGACCGUGCCCAUGGCCGUGGGGAAAGGUGUACUGACGACGUGUAACUAUCUAGCCAGAAAAUUUGGGGUCCGCAGCGGCAUGGCAUCCUUUGUCGCCAAGAAGCUUUGCCCUCAGCUGGUUCUCCUACCUCAGAACUACGAAAAGUAUACGUCCAAGGCCAAGGAAAUCCGUGCCAUCUUAGCUCAAUAUGAUCCGCUUUUUGAGAGUGCCAGCAUUGAUGAGGCGUACUUGAAUAUCACUUCCUUUUGCGAAGAGAACCAUGUCGACCCCGACGAGGCGGUUCAACGGAUGCGCGAGCAGAUCCUGGAGAAUACCAAGGUAUCUGUCUCAGCUGGAAUCGCAGCGAAUGCGAAGUUGGCGAAGAUCGCAUCAAAUAAAAACAAACCGAAUGGUCAGUUCAGAGUCCCGAGUGAAAGGGAUACUAUCAUGAUGUUCAUGCGCGAACUCCCGGUCCGCAACGUGAACGGCGUGGGCCGCGUCUUUGAGCGAGAACUCGACUCGAUUGGCGUCAAAGUCUGUGGUGAUAUUUACCCACAGCGCGGGCUGUUGGCCAAACUGUUUGGGGAAAAAGCAUUCCAAUUCCUGGCCCAGUGCUAUCUCGGCUUGGGACGCACAAAGAUUGAGCCCGUCGAGAACUAUGAGCGAAAAAGUGUCGGAACCGAGGCUACAUUCCACGAGAUCGGGGAUAAAGAGGAGCUUCGUGCGAAACUACGAUGGGCCGCAGAAGAGCUGGAAAAGGACCUGGCACGAACCCAGUUCAAAGGUCGCACGCUGGUGUUGAAAGUCAAACUCCAUACUUUCGAAGUGCUCACCCGUCAGACAGCACCGCCGCGCGCCGUAUUUCAAGCAAAAGACUUGUAUGCAUUUGCCCUACCGAUGCUGGUCAAGUUGGAAAAAGACAUCCCGGGUAUGAAAUUGCGACUGCUGGGUCUUCGCUGCACGAACCUUGUCAGCACCAAGAAAGUGGACAUCAACUUUUUUGGUCUAGCGGCGCAGACCAAACCCAGUACCGGUUCUACUGUCGACGAGAAGGCGGAAUGCGAGAUCGGUACGGAGGAAGCUUUCGAAACAGCUGCUCGUCAGGAGGUACAAGACGAAAUGAACGAUUUGGAGCAGUUGAGUCAAGAAGCAGCAGGGGGACCAGACACCUCCGAGCCCGAGAUUACCUCAAGCACGGGGCCAAAUUCUUCUCACCUGGAGCAGUGGGAAUGCCCAAUCUGUGCUCGACUCCAGGAUGCAGAUGAUCGUGCCUUUAACGAUCAUGUGGACUUUUGCCUGUCUCGACAGACCAUCCGAGAAGCCGUGCAAGGGGCAUCGCAGGACGUGCCCUCGAUACCUCCGACCCAGAAACGAAAGACUCCAUCACAUCCCUCUGGUUCAGGCACGGAUCCACGACAGAAACGAUUGUUCUUCCGCUGA